UUUGAAGCUUAAACGAAGCUGCCCAAGUUAUACUCCAACUCAGACUCAAAACAAAACCGGAUUUUUCUCAUAUGAAUACAAAUAUUCACUCAUAAAUUUCUUCACAUUAACUUAUUAGCAAGAGUGAAUCUUUUUUGGGAAAAUUGAGAAAAUGGGGUUGCUUGAAGGGACUUUUCUUGAUUGGGAACAUGAAUCUUACCCUUCAUAUCAAGAUUUCAUUGUCCUUCCAUUGUUUGCUCUCUUUUUCCCAACUGUCAGAUUCUUGCUUGAUAGAUUUGUCUUUGAGAAAGUGGCCAGAAGGUUAAUAUUUGGGCAAGGACAAGAAGUGAUAGAAAUUGAGACUGAUGAGCGGAGGAAAAAGAUACGAAAAUUCAAAGAAUCAGCAUGGAAAUGUAUAUAUUUUCUCUCUGCAGAAUUUUUUGCACUUUUGGUGACCUACAAUGAGCCUUGGUUUACAAAUACCAAAUACUUUUGGGUAGGGCCUGGUGAUCAGACCUGGCCUGACCAGAAGUACAAGUCCAAACUGAAGGCGCUUUAUAUGUAUGCUGGCGGAUUCUAUGCAUAUUCAAUAUUUGCUUUAAUUUUUUGGGAGACAAGGCGCUCUGACUUUGGAGUUUCGAUGAGUCAUCAUGUUGCCACUGCGAUUCUUAUCGCCUUAUCCUAUAUUAUCAGGUUUGCACGUGUCGGUUCUGUAGUUUUAGCCCUUCAUGAUGCCAGUGAUAUAUUCCUUGAAAUCGGAAAGAUGUCCAAAUACAGUGGUGCUGAAGCUCUUGCUAGCUCUUCGUUUAUUCUUUUUGUUUUAUCCUGGAUUAUACUUCGCCUCAUAUACUACCCAUUCUGGGUUCUUUGGAGUACAAGUUAUGAAGUUCUCCAGUCCCUGGAUAAGGAGAAACACAAAGUGGAUGGACCAAUCUAUUACUAUACCUUCAAUACUCUUCUAUUUUGCUUGCUGGUUCUUCAUAUAUAUUGGUGGGUGUUGAUAUACCGGAUGCUUGUUAAACAAAUCCAUGCGAGGGGCCAACUAAGUGACGAUGUUCGUUCUGAUUCUGAAGAUGAACAUGAAGAUUGACCGUGCCUGAAGACUUCUACUGCUGCUAUGCUCAUGUGAAGAAAGGGAACAACCAAAUGCUCUUAAGCGAUAUGCUAGGAAUUGAUGCUUUGGCGCAUCGAAGCUUGUGAUUAGUUGAGGGUAGGUUGAAGGAACUUCAUUAAUGGAGCAGAAGGCCAGUUGUUGACAUUUGACACUGGCAUAGGGACAUUUUCAUCCUAUUUCUUUUUUUCUUUUCUGUAAUUUUUUGGCACCAACAAUGUGCAUAAUGACUUUGAUUGUACAAUAGAAGACUUGAAACAGUCCGCCCUCGAAGGGAAUUGGUGUCAACUUAUUCAUUGAACUUCUGCAGUA